GAAAAUUUCAGUCGCGUAGAGCUGAAGAUGAGCGCAAUACCCUUAGAGCUCGCAACGCCGACGUUUUUUUCUGGGAUUUAACAAAUCGCUCUUUAUUAGAAAAGAAAAGGAUUUAAUCAGCGUCGGGUGAGGAUAUCAGCCGUGUGAAUUUGGCGGCCCACUCCUCCCCUUCAUCCCUCUUCAUUCCCAUUUCCCUCCUGCUGCUGCACCUUUGGCCGCAGUGAGAAGCAAGUGACAUGGAUGGAUUUUACGACCAGCAGGUCCCUUUUAUGGUGCCACCCAAUAAGUCUCACAUGGAGGAACCGUCUUGCAGACCUUUCAAUGACCGAAAGAGGAAGUUUGUUGACAAUGAGCUGGCACAGGAUACAGAGGAGCUGUUUCAAGAUCUGAGCCAGCUACAAGAGAUUUGGAUAGCAGAAGCCCAGGUACCUGAUGAUGAACAGUUUGUUCCAGAUUUCCAGUCGGAUAACUUGAUGUUCCAUGGACCCCUUCAAAUUAAAGUGAAGAGGGAACUGAGCCCGAGCAGGGGGUUUUCCCCCUGUGGACCAGACCAGAGAAUUUCUCCAUAUGGAGAAAAGUGCCUAUAUAACUACAGUGCCUUUGACAGGAAGCCAUUUUCUUUCAACAAGCCAAUAACUCCUCCCUCGACACCGGCAUCGCCCUUUGGAUCCUCCAUCAGCACAGCAGCUCACCCUGCACAAAAAAGAGCGAUGCCUCAGACACCAGGACCACCAGUGUUGCCUGGUCCCACCCACAGCUCCUCCCCUACCCAUCAGAGAAUACAGACUCCACUCCACAGUCAAAGCCCACCUUUUGCUGUGCCCUGCCCACCUGUCAAUCACCCAGAUGCCUCCUAUAGCACAGACCACAGAUUCCAUCGGCAGCUGUCUGAACCCUGUCUACCAUUCCCACAAUCCGAUGGCCGUCACCAGAAUCCUUUCACCACACAGACCCCUGGCCAUUUUCAUCGAAAUAGCCGUCCUUCUUACCACCGCCAGAUGUCGGAGCCCUUGGUCCCCAUGCCACCUCAGGGCUUCAAAAAGGAGAUGGUGGAUCCCCAUUACAAUGAUCAGGGUGUUCAAAACAUGGGACCUCCUCGGGCUCCCCUGCUUCACCAGUUGUCAAUCAAACAAGAGCCCAGAGACUUUGGCUUUGACUCAGAAGUACAGAACUGCCAGUCAUCUUUUGGCAAAUCUACAAACUUCUAUAGAGGUUUUGCAUAUGAUGGAGAGCCCCACCUAUAUUACGAUGAUGUGUGUGUGGUUCCAGAUAGGCUGGAGGGAAAGCUGAAGCAGGAGGGUGGGGUGUUCAGGGAGGGCCCUCCAUAUCAACGAAGGGGAUCUCUGCAACUCUGGCAGUUCCUGGUCACUCUGUUGGACGACCCAUCCAACAGCCACUAUAUUGCUUGGACUGGCCGUGGGCUUGAGUUUAAACUUAUUGAACCAGAGGAGGUUGCUCGCCGCUGGGGUAUUCAGAAGAACAGGCCUGCAAUGAACUAUGACAAGCUGAGUCGUUCCCUGCGUUACUACUAUGAGAAGGGCAUCAUGCAGAAGGUAAAGGUUGCUGGAGAGCGAUAUGUGUAUAAGUUUGUUUGUGAUCCAGAUGCGCUCUUCUCCAUGGCAUUCCCUGAUAACCAGAGGCCCAGUCUGAAGGCAGACCCAGAUGGCCUGCAGGUUCCUGAGGAUGACAUUGUACCACUCUCUCACUUUGAUGAGACCAUCAGUGCUCCUUACCCAGGAGAUGGCAGGGAUCGGUGCUUAAUGGGGCCAUCCUUUCCUGAAAAUUAUGCUUUCUGAACUGCUUCAGUACAAUGUCAAUCUGAACUGCUUCAGAA